ACCCCUCCAAAGAGCCCAGCAUGAAUGAUUGUAAAUCUUAUUUGUGUUAUUGUAUUUCUAGCAGAGUCAAAGAGGGGAAAAAAAGUCAGUUUUAUUUAAGUCAUAGUUUAAAGUGAGCCUUCAAUUUGAACUUGGAACAGAAAAGCAAUGCAUUCUCCUGUCAUAGUUGGUUUAUUUUACUUUCUCCUAAUUAAGGCUUGGAAGAGCUUAACAGUCCAGUGUGAAGCCUAUAUCACAGUAAAGCAAUAUCCCGCCGUAGCCUCUAUUAAAUAUGGCACAUCUGCACUUCUUGAUUGUAUAUUUGACUUCCAGUUUCUAUCAGAGGCUGAAAUUGAAGUAUACUGGAAUAUUCAACUGCUGCUUUUUAAUGAUUCCGUGAAGAAAAUAACUGUGUCUUCAAAGAUGUUGCCUUUAAACCAAAGUGCUUCGUUGUCAAGGGAUGAUGGAAAGUACAAGCUCACAGGCAAUCUUCUAAAAGGUGUAGUCUUCUUAGAAGUGAACAAUUUUCAACCACGGGACAUUGGUCUGUACACCUGCAAGGUGGCACGCCUGAUACCACCUCCGUAUCUAGAAGGAAGUAGCAAUGGAACGUACAUCUGUGGAAUAGAAGAUACAUUGCAAGAUUCCUGCAAGCCAUCAGAAACUAAAUUUGUCAUAUGCUUGGGGACCCUGGCAGCCUGUACAUUUGUGAUCAUCAUGACUACCAUAAUUUAUGUACAGGUGAGAAGAAAAUCUACCUGCACAAGUUCUCCUUCACUGCCAAGCAGAGACUCUAUGGUAUACGUGGAUAUGAAUUUUGCAAAACAAAGCACUAACAGCGAAGAGUGAAAACUAUGGAGCUAGAAAUGUUGGAAAGUGGCUAUCCCAGCCUUGGUUGAAAAAAAAAAAAAACAAAAAAAAAAACCCUCUAGAAUGAUUGGAUUUUUAAAUCAUAAAGCAUGAUGGGUGUAGAGCACUAUAAUGCUAUUCUUAAGUAUAGUUUGGCGGGAUUUUGAUUUGUUUUUAAACAUUGUAGAACCAAAAUUUGUUAUUGUAGCAUGUAGUUCAGGCCCUUAGUCACCAAAGUACUUAAGCAUUCACCUGAGGUUAAGCAAGUGCUUACAUCCCAUGGAGCUCAAUGAUUAGCUAUUGUUAGCUGCACAUUAUCUUAAUUAUUUUUUAUGGUUUCUCUUACCACUUGUGUGUUGUAUUUUAGCCUUUACAAGAAGCCAAUCUUUUUGUGGCUGCCCAAAUAGGGGUUGCAGCAACUUAACAGUUCUUUUGGUUUGUUUUUAAAAGCAAUCUUGACGAACCCCUGCAUUAUGAAGAAUUCUGACUAACUAGCGAACCCGGUAAAGGAGCCCAUCCAUCUUGGUGGAAGAGCAAGGCCCUAACCAGCUGCAUGUCUUAAUGAUUCUGAGUCAGUUUUCACAGCAGUAGAAUUUUUUAAGUCACGUUCUGGCCAAGUUCUAGUUGGGCUGUUUGUUUUCAGCAUGCCUACAAUCCCUUGCACUUUCAACUAGAUAGAUACAAUAUUCUUCUUAGCUUCCAAUGUUGCUCAGUGUUGCUUUGAGCUGUGAAACCAUUACUGCUUGCAAAGAUACCUGCAUUUCAGAGGUGGGAGUAAUAAUGACUGUAUAUGGGGGUGAAAAUAAUUCAAUCAGGAAAGUUUCUACUCGUAAAUGGAAGGGUCAUGAGAAAAUCAUGAAAUCCCAUUUUUUCCCCUUCACAUUAGGAGAACACAUCGGAUUGCUGAGCAUUAGAAAUGAAAGCCAGUUCCUACAGUACAUCCCUAUCGCUGUCAUAUUAACCAGAGAUAGCAAAUGUAACUAGGAAGUAGAACAUUUGGAUUAACUAAAUCCAUAGGCACAGGAAGUAGGGGUGCAGCAGCACUCCCAGGUUUUAAGCAGAGCCACUGGCCCUGUGCCUAGGGCUCCACUCCCUGGUUCAGGGGCUGGUUCUGCGCCCAGGGCCCUGAUCUCAGCCCUCUGCUUCCCUGGCCCUGUGCCUGGGGCUCAAGUCUGGGCUAGCGAGCCUGCACUCCGAUCCCCAACCCAGCACCCGGGGCUCUGCUCCUGGGGCCCCAGCCACUGUCCUGGCUCUGCACGUGGAGUCCCAGCUGCCCGCCCCUGCCCAGAGCUCUGCUCUUGGCCCCACCCCCACCUGUGGCCAUAGCCUUGGUCCCCUUACCCCUGUUCGGGUCUCCCCCUCCCAGACACACAGCCCUGCUCCCAGCCUCAGCUUGGGGUGGCGGGGGGGGGGGCAGUGUGGGCAGCCAUAAGGGGGUUGGCUUUCAGCACUCCCAAUACUAAAAGUGUUUCAGCGCCACUCACUAAAUCCAUUCUAUUUCAUAUUCCAUGCGCACACUAAAUUGUCUGUAUAAAGUUUUAGUUAUCAUCCCCUUCCGAAUACAAUUUGUAUUUUUAAAACAGUGUCAACAGAAAGGAAAACAUGCACAAAACUUAAAAAAAAAAAAAAAAAACUCAGCCUCUGAAGAAGAGAAGGUAUCAAGAGGAGACAUGUUGUAGCCAUAUGAAAUAUGGUACAUCUGGUUGAAAGAUGAGGUGGGAAAGCUCUACAAGAGGACAGUUCAUCUCUUCUCCUACUUGGUGGUACUCAACUACCUGUCCCUCCCUGGAACGGCUUGAAGUAAGGAAAUUGUCUUGAAAUAAGAAGAGCGAGAGGAGACUUGAGCCACAUGAAUCCUUUAAACACACAUAUUUAAAGGGUUCACACAGCUGUCCAAAGUGGAGCUGAGUGGGAAACGGUUAAAAAAAAUUCCAUCCUAAUCAGGACCAAAAGUGAAAAAACUAAGUUUUCAUGAACGAAUAAUCCAAAAAAAAAAGUCAACCAAAACAUGUCAGUAAUUUUGGUUGACUUUUUUUGUAGAAAAAACCCCACUAAAAUCUGAAACAAAACCUUUUUGAACAAAACUCAAAAACUUAUUUCCAAAGUGUCAAAAUAAGACACUUAAUUUUGAAACUUAUUUUUUUUAAAUCAGGAGAUUCAUUAAAACAGACCCUUUCUAGUAAACACUCUUUUGUUUGAAAAUGCUGAUUUGUCGAAACAAAGACAUUUAGUCUGAAAACUCCCAAUCAGCUCCAGUUCAAACUACCUAAUGGCCAUGAUUCAAACCUACUAGAGGACACAUACAGAACACACAUCUGGAGCAAAGUUUCCCUUUCAAGAGAAUCAUUAGAAAAAUGAAGGGGCCUGUCCUGCUUAAUUAAACAAAACAAAAUUUGCUAUAGAGCAGUUUUUCCCCGCAAAGAGUAAGGGAUGAGAAUCAGGUGAAUCAACCGUUCCUUUCAUUCUUAAUCAUACCCAGAACGUCCAAGCACUUGCCAGAAAGGGCAUUGUCAGUGGUUGGAUAGAUCAUCUGCUCUUUAGCCCAGGGUUUACCCAGGCCUGUCUUCAUUAUAGCCAUAAUUUUCUUUAAUGACACUUCUAUUUAUUUCUCCAAAUCCAAAGUGCUUGUUAGUGAGGUGGUGGAAUCUCCUUCCUUAGAAGUUUAAGGUCAGGCUUGACAAAGCCCUGGCUGGGAUUAUUUAGUUGGGGAUUGGUCCUGCUUUGAGCAGGGGGUUGGACUAGAUGACCUCCUGAGGUCCCUUCCAACCCUGAUAUUCUAUGAUUCUACGUUAAAGGUUUCAGACUGAUAGCCUUUCACUUGGCUAGGUGAAACAAAGAGCAGCAAUACAAGGCUCUGCUCAGGGCUCUGCAAAUGUCACUCAUCGCUGCCUGUCAAGAUCACUUAAGGGUAAGCAGCACUUGCUUCGUCAUGCCCACUCUUAUAGAGCAAUACUUUGGUCAUUAUCCAGAUGUUUCUGCUAAGAACAAUGAUACUGCUGUGGUAGGGCAAUUACUGAAGUGUUUUUAAAAGCAUUUAGUGCUUAGGUUGUCUGUGCUAACUGCAAAUGAGGUGGCCAUUAGUGGUUGGGUUUGUUUGUGUGGGAGGAAGCAUACCUGAUCCAGUAGACUUGAUCUCAGUCGAAUUCCAUUUUUCAUAGGAACUUAACAGCCCUCAGAAGAGGACAAUGUUCAUUCACUCUCAGCCUAAGCCAUGUUCGAACCAGGGAGGUGAAAGACUAUUUGUAUCCCACUACCAAUCCCCCUGAGCCAUCCAGGCCCUCUACAAUAUUUCUUUUAAUCUGGUUACCACAAGCCAAUAACCUUCUGGAUACACGCUACCAGUACCUUCUCUAAUACUUCACCUACAUGCAGUCAGGCAGUUCCUUAAAUCUUUUAUUCUAGCCCCGUGUAACUAGCAUGAGAAUCACUUGCUUUUCUCAGCAUUAUCGCAGUUGUCUUCUUCCUGCCUCUCCUAGCUUAAACAGAUUUCUCUCUUCUCCACGGGUUAAUUCACUUGUGCUAUUCUCUCACUACUGCCUUUUCUUAAAAGAAGCAAGAGUAAGAUUUGAAAGGCCCCAGUAAGCUUAUGCAUAAGUAUUAAUUGGGAUUCUGUUCCCAUGGAGACAGAUAUCAAGAUGCUCAGGAGGAGACAAAAUUACCAGGACAAUAUAUCCCCAGCCACAUGCUGCUUUUAGUAUCUAAAGGAUAGUUCAGCCAUGUUACGUGGAAGAAAGUUAGCUGGACAACUAAUUUGUACAGAAAAGUCUUAAACAGAGACAUUAGUCUCACUUAUUGCUAACGGCUCCAAAAUGCAUUAUAAAAAUGGGAGGUCAGAUUAAGAUUAAAGAGCAACAGAUUUGUAGAGGUUACUGUAAAUCUCAUCAACUAAGAGAAUAAUAGAGCUUUAAAUUGACUUAGCAGGAGGUUAGGCACAUGAGGUUAAGAAUUAGGUCAUCGAGCAUUCUGUGAUGUUGCUAAUAAGGGACUGAUAUCAAUGAAGGUGAAUAACCUUUGCUCAUAUCCUUUGCAUUUAUCUUCUUAACUAUUAUCUUAAUCCUCACUAUGUAGCACAAAGCCCAGCAUUGCAAAUCCUCGCUCAGCUUUUGGAAUAUUAUUUUCACCAAAUGAAAAUCUUUAAAGCAGUUGUCUGUCAUACUCAGUGGUAACAGUGCUUCAUUCUCCAACACCCACGGCUUUCCCCAUCAGCCAAUUAGCUGUUCCAAUUACAUUCUUCAUCAGCAGAAACCCCUUCGUGCUGUAUGGAGAGUUUACCAUGUAACAAACUUCAAGGAAGGCAACAGGGCUAGCAGAGUCAGGACCCCCGGAUUACAUUGCUGGCUCUGCCCCCGAUUCCCUGCACGACCCGGGUGGAGUCACUUAACGUCUCUGGAAAAUGAGAACAAUAUUUAUGCCAUUGUAACUACUGGGGUGUUGUGAACUUUUACUUGUGUACAAUGCUUAGAGAUCAUGGCAUGGAACAAGAGUGUUUAUUACCUAAAGAACCGACUUCCAUCCUUGCUUGUUUUUCCCAACUCCUUGUUCACUUCAGGUCCUCUUUUUUCUGCAUCUCAUCUUUUUUAAAUUCCUCUGUCCUUAAAAUUUUGACCAUUCAAUUGUAUUUAUUUUUACUCCCUCUAUUACUGUCCCCUCCUCCAUCUCUUUCCAAUUUUCCAUUAUUUUCACUUACUGUUUUCCUUGCCAUCUUACCUUCAGGAUGCUCUUUCCUCUUCAGUCCUUUAGCCUGCACCCCCGCCCCCACCCUUUCCCAUAGCCAUUCUCCGGAAAAUAAGCUUAUGUCUAUAAAAAAAAGGAGGGAAGGUAUUUUAAUUUUCCUUCUCCCCAGGCUGUCUUGCUAAAAAAUAGCUUGUUUUUAGUACAGUACCAACUAGAGGUCCCAAAUGACACAGGGGGUGGGGAGGGGAAAGGGUAAUAUUUCCCCAUUCAAAGGAAUUUAGGCACCUAAUUGGAAUAGUUUCUUAAGUAGCUCUGAGCUUGUGGGCCUAAGUGACUUGCCUAUGGUCACACAGGAAGUAUGUGGCAAAGCCCAGAAUUGAUCACUAACCUCAGUCCCAUUCUGGUGUCUUAACCACAAGAUCAUCUUUCCUCAAAUGAUCCUUCCAAAAAUGUUAAGAGGUUAGCCCACAGCAACCAUAGCACUGCGGAUGAUCUGCUCUCGACCCUAAUGGAGUUUCUGGUUGUUUCACCUUAUGUCCGCUGCACAUCUCAGUACAAACUCGGCCAGGGUUGUGCUAUGAGCACAAGCAGAGCAGCUGCUACCCGUGUAAGAAAAUUGGUUUCUACAUGGUUGUAUAUUUAAAAACAGAAUAGCUAAAAAAAGAAUAGCUUUUUUUGCAACUAUUUUUGUUACUCUUGGACUCCUAAUUCUUAAAUAAGCACAAGAAAGUUAGCUUGGAAGAUUAUGCAUGGAAAUAUUACUAAUAGUAACAACGUAAUGUACUUCAGCAGAGAGGAAUUAGAAGAUGUGCAGUUACAAAUGAUCUUUCCCUUCUUUUAUCAGACACAGGAAGCAGGUGGUUUCCAUCUCAAUGAUGGAGAGGCAACACGCUGCUGCUGCUGCACAGGUUGUAGGGGAUCAGCAAAAGAAAUGGAGGGGACAGCAUUAUACGAACCACAUAGUGCCAUUCAGAGUGCAGAUUUGUCCUCUGCAGCAACAGCGGGAAGCAGACUGUAAUGCAGAGCAGAUUGCUUCUGAUUGGGUGGUUGAGAUGAAGCUGACUUGUCAAGUGGAGGUUUGAGCUAUGUUCCCACCUAGAAAACUUGCACUUGGGAACACCAUAGAGCAGACACCAGAGUUUGCCCCCCACCCCCUGCUCCCAGUUUGUAGCAAGGAGAAGACUGCCAAAUGCCAAUCCAGCUAUUGGAGCCCAUGAAUUCUCUUAGAUUAAUCAGUGCAAGAAUUCAGGCUCCAAACAAAAUUUAGAGGAGACAACAGCAGGUUAGUGAUCAGCAGCAAUCCAGGGUUUUUUUGGUUUUUUUUUUUUUUUUUUUUUUGGGGGGGGGGGUUAUGGAGGCACGCUUUACUUUGAAGGCAUGCUUUUCCUCAUUCACAACUGUUCAAAAAGGUAAGGGAAAUGGGGGGGGGGGGGAAGAAGAGGAGAAAUCAGGAAAACUAAAAUCAUCACAACCAGGAAAGCAUGCAUUGCCUCACCAUUAGUGUAGCAUCCAAGCAUUCCCACGAAGGUAUGUUCCCCAGGUCUCUUCUAUGAGCUAACAAAAAUUAUUCAUUUCAAGUACAAUUGAUUCAUAAAGAAAUCACAAAGUUCCCAAAUUUAAAACAGAAACAUAAAAUCAGAUGUUCAGAUACAGCCAGUCAUCACAAUCAUGAGUCAUCAGUUGCAUAAAAAGUAUUUGGGGUCCUGCUUUCAUGAAACGCUAGCCAUCAUCUAUAGUUCAACAGUUCACCACUCAAUAGUUCCAUCCUCUUCCAAAAAAAGAAAAAAAACCCACACAAGAGUACAGAGCAGCUCACUAAUCUACCAUUACUGCACUACCUAUUUUGAAAGUGGAAUCUAGGCUGCAAGACCACCUCAGAGUCUAAAGGAGAGCAACCUAGGCAACAGCAAGAUAAAUAUAGUUAUGCUUUCACUUCUCCCCCACACAUUUAAAAAUUAUGACAUCAUUGUUGAGAGAAACCUCAUUGUGGGUCACUCCUCUCAGAGUUAAAAAUUCCUGAACAGAAAAUUUCCAGUUAGGUAAGAUUUUUUUAUACAUGAAUGAGAAAGCGCGAUAAAAAUAUAGUGAUGAAAGAGUGUGAAGAACCUAAAGAUCAUUUUAUAGCUGAAAUAUAUUUUAUGCAAUCAU